AUGAAACGUUUGGCAACUGGUAAUGAUCUAGAGGUUUCGAGCCAAAAGUAUAGAAGAGGGUACAAGGCCUGUCUAAAUUGCAGGUCGCGCAAAACUAGGUGCGACUUGGGCCCUCCUGACAGUCCGCGCGACCCUCCAUGCGUUCGGUGUAAAAGAGAGCGCAAGGAGUGCGUAUUUUUGGAGAAUAGUAAGCGUGGAGGAAGAAAGCGAAUUGAAUGGACUGUAGAUGGAAACACUGAUGUCAAUGCCACAGCGCGUUUCGAGGCUGAAGACAAGUACAUCCCAGUUGCAACACUGAAAGAUACAACUUCGAUUAAAGAAGGCAGUCUUACACCUGAGCUCAAUAGCAUGCACAAUGCGCUCGAGUUUUUGGCCAAGGCCGCGGGCUCUGCAGCGAAGGAAGACUCAAGAAGCCGUAUACCUUCUUAUGAAAGGCAAGAUAAAACAAUCCGUGAGAAAACUUAUCACCGCGAAGAAAGUCCAAAUCAACACGCCUCAGGUAGCAAAAGGGCAAGUCUUGCCACACCCGGUAAAUUAAUUGAAAAGUUAAGUGAUUGGAAACCUGGCUCGCUGUACGACCUUGGGGACGUUGAAUACAUUGGGGGCCACAAACUUCUUACAGAAAAAGAAGCUACGCGUUUAAUAGACCUUUUCUUUCUCAACAUGCAUCCAUUCUUCCCCUACAUUCCAUUUCAGCUUCGAUGCUCACAGGAGCUUAAAAGAUACCCGAUUCUACUCUGUGCCAUACUGACAAUCUCAGCCAGAUAUCACAACUUCGCAGAACACAAAGUUAGCGAAGGAGAACGAAGCUCGCGUAAUAUCGAGGUUCAUGAUAGGUUAUGGAUUUAUUGCCAGAGACUAAUUUCCCAAAGUGUUUGGGCUGAAGCAAGCACUCGUUCUGUGGGCACUAUACUGGCAUUUUUGUUAUUUACAGAAUGGAACCCAAGAGCAAUCCACUGGCACUGGACAGACUAUGCUAACGAUACGUCUUUAAGUGACAUAUCCCGGAGAGAUUAUCAUAGUGAAGCAAAACGGUCCGACAACACGAGCCUAACUGGGAUGGGUGCAAUGAGGCGUAGUGACCGGAUGGCAUGGAUGCUGACUGGAACUGCGGUCCGGUUAGCGCAAGACAUGGGCUUCAUGAACAACAGCCCUAAAAUAUUCACGGCGUUACAUAUUACAGAGACUCAAACCGCUAUGAAUAUGAAUCAAAGAAGCAUUCUCUCGCAGUCUCUUGCAGAAGUAUCACUUAAUGGCCACGAUGGAGACUCUGGUCUCAGUAGUGCUUGCAUAGAAGAGAUAUUCCGUAAUGAAGACAGUAAGAGAAGGUGGAAAAGUUACACACAACAGCGCGAUAGUGUUGAGGGAAAGAGCGUAGGCUUUUGCGACAAUGAGAAAGAGUUUUUGAUAGAUGAAUAUGCUUUUUUUCACAAUGAAGAUAGCGAUGCGUACCGCGACCUUAGCAACCUUGGAACGCAUGAAAAGUCAAAACUAAGUGCAGCUGACAAGCUACUUUUUACCCCCAGGCAACGAGCCAAGGUUGAACUUUUAAGAAUCAUGUCAAUUGGCUAUGAAGCAAUAUAUUAUAAAGAUACGAAGCUUACUUUGAUCGAUCAUAAACAUAAGCUUGCUGUACUCGGCAUUUUAGCACCCAUGAUAAAAGGGUGGCACAAUACUUACAAACACCUGUUAGUUCCUUUUGCUGGCGGCCAAUGCCCGCCAACACGAGAUGAGAACAAGAACGCGACUUACGAUACGCCCAGCAAAAUUGACUCCGAAAGCCUUAUCAGCGAUUACUUUUACUGCCAAUUGUACAUCUACUCACUCGCUUUGCAGAUAGAAGCCGGGACAGAGAAGGAUAAGAAACCAAAUAUCAACGAACUCACAAAAAGCGCAAAAUAUGUCGAGCUUGCGUACAACGCAGCGAAAGAAGUACUUCACUCUGCAAUAAGAGUACACAAACUUCGGGCCUUGAAGUACAUGCCAGUAAGAUGGGCCGCGAGGAUUAUCCGUGCCGUCGCCUUUGUCGUCAGGUGCUACAUGACGUUAACCGGAAGCGGCUUAGGGUCUGACCCUCGGGCCACCACAAUACUGGCUGUCUGCGUUAUAUCCGCCGAAGAGAUUAUAGAAAUGAUCCAAAAAGCUGCAAUUACUUUGCGUGAAGCGUCUCCCGAUGAGCUCCAUCUAUGCUCGCGCUUCUCAACUGUUCUUAUGUUUUUAUGCACCGAGAUGAAACGAAAGCAACAUUCAGAGCCGCAAAACUCCGAAUUACGAAGGAGCUCUUCGCAUUCGCUGCACAACCCAACUGACGCACCUGCACGCAUGCCCACCACGCCUGCGGAAAAUUAUGCGGCAACGGACUUUGCAAUACCCGCAUUUUUGGAAACCCCGCAUCCAUCUCAUCUUCCGAGCGAACUUGAGGACUGGUUCUGCACGAGCGAUGAUGUGGGGCUUGAUUUCGUCGAGCCGUGGGCUGAGAUGCUAGAGCAACAGUUCAUCAAUAACGAUAAGAACAUGACGUUUGAAAACCUGUACAACGAGGCUAUGGGCUACGAACACCUACCGAAACAAUAA